UUCUAAUCUACACUAAACAUACACGAAAUCUCAAAAGUACCAGCGUUGUUCUUCAGUCUUUACUAAUCAAAGCUGUUUUGCGCAGUCGACUUUUUAUUAUCGUGUACAGGACUAGCUGUGUGCCCGCCCCAUGGAUAGCGGUUCAAUGUCGAUGAGCAACAUGGAUAUGAGUACGACCAUGUCCAUUACCAUGUCCACAACUGGAUCUCCAACUUCUACCAUGAGUGGAAUGUCGAUGGCAAGCUCAACGGGUAGCUCGAUGCCCAUGUCGUCGUCUUCCAUGAUGGGUAUGGAUUCAAUGGCCAUGGUGUUCUUUACCUCUUCAAGCACGCCUCUCUAUUCAUGGGCUUGGACACCAGACACCACUGGCCAGUACGCAGGAACCUGCAUCUUCCUGAUCGCUUUCGCAGCUAUCUUCCGAGCCUUACUAGCAGUCCGAGUACGGUUCUAUGACUUCCUUGCCUUGGCAAAACACCGACAAUAUGGUGGAGUGAGCAGCCAACCCCUCACCGAUGCAAAGCCCAUCUCGAGACCAUGGAGAGCCAACGAGGCCGUGAUGAUAGCUAUGGUUGAUGUUAUACUUGCCGGAUUGAGCUACUUGCUGAUGAUUGCCGUGAUGACUAUGAACGUGGGAUAUUUUCUGUCGGUCCUUGCCGGGGUAUUUUUAGGCAGCGUAGUAUUUGGACAUUUUAUAGCGAACUCAGCUGCUCAUUGAUGUUGCUGAUAUCUAAUGCGAGCCUGUUGCAUUGCAUCCAUGAAUUGAAAGGCUUGAUUGUGUUCGAAUACGAUGAUGCUGUCCUGGGAAUUGAGCUGCAGGCGCGGCGGAGAGAUCAACUCAAUUCUACCAAGCUGGGGUGUUCAUGCGGAUCAGAGUCAAUGUACAAUCUCAAUUUGAACAAUCCUGAAAGUCGCUGCUGGCCAGCUACUUUCAGCAAAACGAAGUCCAACCAGGAGACGUUUCGAUUUGUCUUUUAGCUAAGGAGAGUGUAACUACGUUGCCAACAUGGCCCACUCAAACUACGUUCAACCAC